UGAAGGUUCCAGUAGAUUUGGUGUCGGGAUAAUCAUCAGGAAGACCUUAUUUGCAAUUGCAAUUGCACUUUUGCCGCAGGCCGCACAACAAAGUCGGUUCUCUUCGUCCGCUCAGCUCAAGUAGGAAGAUUCGAUUCCACUCUCUAGAGGCAAUCUGGAGACGACCACAACAUCUUUUGCUUUUAAUCGAUUUUUGAUCCAUCUGCUACGUCUUUCGUUGGAAAAAACAAACGUUGGGCGUUUGAAAACUGUAUCAUGGCGGAUGGCGAAGCCGUGUUGGCUAAAAUCGUUCUUCUAAGUUGGUGGUGAGUACUUACCAUCAACAGCUAACGAACAUCUUCUGCGCGACCGAUUCGCUUGGACGACCAGCACGGCUCUGCCACCUUGGAAAUGCGUCUCUCCCUGCCCUCCCGAUCCUCCACCUCCUCUCGCUCGCUUUUUCGGUUUUCCAAACCCGCCCUCGGUUCCGGCCAGCGUCCGGGCGCCCCCGGGCAAAAGUAUGAGGUCUUCCACCCGCCGGUGCCCACGAAGAUAAAAGCGCUGCCGUUGAAGAAGGCGGUGCUCGACCCAGGCCGGGGGAAGUACAUUCCGAAGAAUUUCCAGAUGCAAAGUCAGAUGGAAGCAAUCAGGAGCGGGGAGUACCUCGGACCUGACUACCCGUACAACUUCCUCGGAAUGCCUAUGUGGGGACACAGAAGGUAUACGUAUAGAAAAAAAACGAGCAGCACCCUGAUAGAUGCCCCCUUAGUACUACACAGAAAGAACAGCGUUUUCACGAGCAGCGAGAAGAAGUAAAACGAAGGAGGUGGAACGUCCAUGCCUACUGUAAUGAGAUCAACACUUUAAUCUAGGUACAAUGUGUCGUAUCACGACAUUCCGAUGGAUGAGUCCGGGGAAAUCGGGGUGCAGUACCACUCCCAGGUCGACCUGUGGUGCGUGCAGUGGCACGAACGCGGGCGGCACCGCCAGCGGGUUUUCCGCGCGCAGUUCAAUUUCAUGGAGGCCAAAUACAAGGCGGAGGCCUUUCGCCGCAUGCUGGAGUCCACCGGGCGGGUGGACAACUGCAUGACGGCCCGGCACAAGGCGGUCAUCUUCGACCAAAAAGAGAAGAUGAGCCGGCUGAAGCGGAAGCUGAUGGCAAAGGAGGCACACAUCCGCGCCUUCGGCAAGGCGGGCCACACCCUGCGCGGGAAGUGGGCGCAUCGCCCGCGGGGGGAAAAGCCGGGGCUGAAGAAGAAGCGCGGGGCACACUACCCGAAGUGGUCGUAGGAGGUUUAGUGCAACGACUGCUCAAUGAAUACGCUGCAGAAGGAAUUUUUUUCAGGAGAAAAUAACGAUGCGUGUACUUCUACUUCCCAGUAACCAGCCUGACGUGCUGCUGGUGCUGCGCUAAAGAACAU